CAACAUGAAAGUAGAGAAAAUGGAAAAUGUUGCAAUCUUGAUGAUAGUCAUAUUAACAAUGGUCAAAUUCAUGGUACAACCUGGACAAGCCACAAUAACUUGUGGUGAAGUUGAAACUUCCUUGGCCCCGUGCAUCACUUAUCUUACUCAAGAUGUACAACCUUAUCCUGCAUGCUGUAAUGGUGUCAGAAAUCUCAAAGGGAUGGCUCUAACAGUGACUGAUCAGAGAACAGUAUGUAUCUGUCUCAAGAAUGCUGCUAAGCGUUACUCAAAUCUAAAAGAGGAUGCAGCUCAAACUCUUCCUCAGAAAUGUGGGGUCAAACUUGACUUUCCAAUUUCAAGAAGCUUCAAUUGUGAACUCAUCAGCUAAUUCGGGAGGCCGCUAGAGAUUCUUCAUUACUAUUCCAUACAGAAUUAAAAUGAUAAUUUGCAUAUCUACUUGUAAACUUGUUAACAUGAUUUGCAUUUAACCUCAAAUAUGGUGAUGCAGUGUAGAAGAAAACCUCUUGCGUUUCCGUUAAAUGAUUGAGUAUUAAAUCGUCGUAUCGAUAAAGAUAACCGAAAGAGUCUAUUCAGGUUCAGUCAGUUAUUUCAGAAUAUUGGCAAAAUAACCUAAAAAUAAGGAAAAAUAAGGGGGAAAUGAGGAAAAGGCCAAAAAAAUGAGAUAAAAGAAGUAAAUAAUA